AUGGGUACGUAUAGAAAGAGAUUUAACGAGAAGGCUAGGGCUGGCCAUAUGGCUAGACUGAAAGAGCUAAAGAGGAUCAGAAAUAAGCAGUUCCAUAGAGAUGAUCUCGAAGAUGAAAGUGUGCAAGAUGAAGAGGUUAGUAAUCAGGAUUCUAAUUCAUCUAUUCUAAAACCAAUGACAGAGAGUGAAAAACAAGAAAAGAAACGUAAAUUGGAAGACCUCUUUACUCCUAAAGAAUCGAAAGUAUCUAGACAGAAAAAAAAACGGUUAGAUAAGUUUAUCGAACAUCAACUUAAGAGGGAAGAAAAGAAGGUUUUGAUUAAUAAAUUACAAGACUAUAAGAUAGAUACUUCCUUGAUGACAAGUUCUAAAAAUCUAGGACAUGGUAGACAAACAAAAAAAGAAGAAUUUGCCGAAGCUCUAAGUCUAGAGAAACAAGGAAGAGGUAAUGCCACAACAGAUGAAAUAUUGUACGAAGAACAUACCACAAAACCAUGGGAUAAAGAGCAACCAAUUAAAACAUUUGGAAAUGAGAAUUCUGAAGAUAGUGAUUCCGAGGGGGAUGAUUUUCAAGACAAAUUUGGUGCAAUCCCAGAAACAAAUAAGUCUUCUUUUAUUGAUCAUAGACCAGUGAAGUUGGGUGGUCAAGGUGGUUUUGGUUUUGGAUUUUCUAACAUCAAAGUUGUAACCAAAGAAGAAAAGGUAAAUAGUACAAUCCCAAAGAAAAAAUAUAACUGGAGACAGCGUGUCGAAUUACAAGAGAAAAGACAAAUUGAUGAAGAUGAUGCCCAUGACUUUGAUUCCAGCUCUGGGGACGACGACGAAGAAGAUAACGUUGACGAAGAAGACGACGAUGACGAAGAAGUAGAAACUGGCGAUUCUUCUGGUGAACAAAAUUCUAGUGGUUCCGAAAUGGAUACAGAUAUGCAAGAUGGUAGUGAUAGUGAUGAUGACGAAACAGAAUCAAUACCAAAAGAUAAGAGUGCUGUUGCAGAGGAGUUUAAAACUUGGGCCAAUCAAUCUAUACGAACUAUGGAAGGUCGAGAUAUUGAAAUAGUUACACCAACCUUGAGUGUAGAAUACCAACCAAUUGUACGUCAAGAGGAUUUGGAUGAUGGAUUACCAACAAGUAAUGUCCCUGUAGAUGAAACAUCAAAUAGAAAGGCAUUCUACGUUAAAAUUGAAAGACCUGAAGAAAUCCAAGCUUCGAGAAUACAAUUACCUGCAUACGGAGAAGAACAUAACAUUAUGGAAGCAAUUCAUCAUAAUGAUGUUAUCAUCAUCAGUGGUGAGACUGGGUCGGGUAAAACUACUCAAGUUCCUCAAUUUCUAUAUGAAUCGGGUUUUGGUAAUGAGAAAUCUCCAGAUUAUCCAGGUAUGAUAGGGAUUACACAACCAAGAAGAGUCGCAGCUGUCUCUAUGGCUAAUCGUGUUGCUAACGAACUUGGUGAUCAUGGAAAAUUUGUUGCUUAUCAAAUCCGUUUUGAUUCAUCUACAAAGAAUGAUACGAAAGUGAAAUUUAUGACAGAUGGGGUAUUAUUGAGAGAAAUGAUGGUAGACUUUAAACUGACAAAAUACUCAUCUAUCAUUAUAGAUGAAGCGCAUGAAAGGAAUACUAACACGGAUAUACUUAUCGGUAUGCUAAGUCGUUGUGUCCGCCUACGUGCAAAAGAGCAUACCCAAAAUCCUGAGACCCAUAAACGUCUAAAGUUGAUCAUUAUGUCAGCAACAUUGAGAGUAGCUGACUUUAGUGAAAAUACUAAUCUUUUUGCGACUCCUCCACCAGUAUUAAAUGUAACAGCAAGACAGUUUCCUGUUUCUGUACAUUUCAAUCGUAGAACACCGUUCAAUUAUACCGAUGAAGCAUUCAAAAAAACCUGUAAAAUCCACAGUAGACUUCCACCGGGUGCAAUUCUUAUAUUUUUAACAGGUCAACAAGAGAUUACUCAAAUGGUAAAGAAAUUAAGAAAGGAAUUUCCUUUUAAAAACAAAAAGGUCAAUGUUAACAAUGAGGUAUCCAAAAUUAAGAUUGAUUCAAGGAAUGCAGAUAUGGAAGCUGAAGAUAUCGAUUUUAGUGUUAAGAUAAUUGAUGAAGAAAAAUUCAAAGAAGAAAUUGGUUCAGAAAAUGAAAAAUCGGAUGACGAAUCAGAUGAAGAAGAAGGUUUUGAAGAAACAUUGGAAGAGGGCCAAACUGAAAGUGAUCCUUUGUAUGUUUUACCACUAUACUCUUUGCUACCAACAAAUGAGCAAAUGAAAGUCUUUGAAGAUCCUCCUGCUGGAUCUAGAUUAUGUGUUGUAGCUACGAAUGUUGCUGAAACAUCACUAACUAUACCUGGUGUCAGAUAUGUCGUUGAUUGUGGUAGAUCUAAAGAAAGAAAGUAUAACGCAGAAACUGGUGUCCAGAGUUUUGAAAUUGAUUGGGUAAGUAAAGCGAGUGCAGGCCAAAGAAGUGGUAGAGCAGGGCGUACUGGUCCUGGUCAUUGUUAUAGAUUAUACUCCUCAGCUGUAUUUGAACGUGAUUUUGGCCAAUUUUCAAGCCCUGAAAUAUUAAGAACACCUGUAGAAAACGUUGUUUUACAGAUGAAAAGUAUGGCUAUUCACAAUAUCACUAAUUUUCCAUUCCCAACUCCGCCAGAGAGACAUGCACUAUCGACUGCCUUAGAAUUACUUCGUUACUUAGGCGCAUUGGAUGAAAAGGAAAAAAUUACUAGCGAUGGUAGAAGAAUGAGUUUGUUUCCGUUAUCAGCAAGGUUUUCAAAGAUGUUAUUAACUUCCAAUGAACACGAUUGUCUACCUUAUGUUGUUUCAAUAGUUAGUGCUUUAUCGGUAGGUGAUCCAUUUAUAUCCGAGACAGAGUUGGGUAUUGGUGCUAUUCCAAUCAAAAAGACAGAUGCCGAAGAAGAAAAUGAUGAUGAUAGUGAGGAUGAUGCUGCCUCUCAACAGGAGAGAACAAACUUGAGAGCAAAAUUCCGUAAGAACAGAAAAGCUUUUGACAAAUUAGAUAAAUAUUCUGAUAUUUUCCGCACUCUAAGCGUUGUGUGCGCUUACGAUUAUAUAAAAAGACCAGACAGGGUACCAUUUGUUAGAAAUAACUUCCUUAGAGGCAAACUGAUGGAUGAAAUCGUUAAACUAAGAAAACAACUAAUGUAUAUUAUUAAGUCCAACAUCUCCGAAGAGAACAUAGCCGUGUCAGUUAGGGAUAGUGAUCUCUUGGUUCCUGUUCCAUCUGAUAUCCAAAUUAAAUUACUAAAGCAGAUGGUUUGCUCUGGGUUCCCUGAUCGUGUAGCAAUCAGAGCUGAUGCUUUAUUCCAAGAGGAUGCAAAGAUCACAAACAGAACUAAUAUCAUCAAUAUCCCAUAUAUCCCGGUUCUAACCAAGAAGUUACCUCAAAUUGAAGAAUGUUUCUCGUAUAUUCAUCCAACCUCCAUCCUGACCAAUAGUGGAGAAGUGCCUCCGCUAUAUUUAGUAUUCUCUUCUUUGCAUAAGAACAAUAACGGUAAAACAAGAAUGUCUACGUUGUGUGAUAUCAAGAGUACUGCUCUUGCAAAUAUUGCAAGAAAAGGUUCAUUACUAAGUUAUAGUAAACCGUUGACCGGUAAUGGUCUUAAAUCUAUCAACAUAUCACCUACAGAACGUUACUGUUAUGUAGUACCACGUUUUGGGUCUAGUAUUGACAGCGACAUCAAAAUUGGCUGGGAACUAAAUCCAAUCCCUGUGCAUCAGAAGAAGAUUAACGGGAAGUGGAUGGUUGAAAAGUUUAUCACAAACAAAAACUAUAAGACCUUGGAACAGAAACAGAAAGCUUGA